AUGGCUGGUUCAUCGACCACAUCCGGCCUCGAGCGCGAGGAUCACAGCCGUGAUGCCGCAUUUAACAAGGCAAUGCACGGCAAAUCCGCUCAAGCUCGUGGUGGUAUCUCUGCCAUGUUCGCCAAGGGUGGCGCCGCAAAGCAGGCUGCUGUUGACGAGUAUUUCAAGCAUUGGGAUGACAAGGCCGCCAAGGACGAGACUGAGGAGACCCGUGCUGCACGAACAGCCGAGUAUGCAACUCUGACCCGACACUACUACAAUCUGGCCACUGAUCUGUAUGAGUACGGCUGGGGUCAGUCUUUCCACUUCUGUCGAUUCUCGACUGGUGAGCCUUUCUACCAGGCCAUCGCGCGUCAUGAACACUACCUCGCCCACUCCAUGGGCAUCCAAGAAGGCAUGAAGGUGCUCGAUGUUGGCUGUGGUGUUGGUGGACCCGCUCGCGAGAUUGCCAAGUUCACUGGCGCUCACAUCACCGGUCUCAACAACAACGACUAUCAGAUUGACCGUGCCACCGCCUAUGCUGCCAAGGAGGGUCUUUCUGGCCAGCUCAAGUAUGUCAAGGGCGACUUCAUGCAAAUGUCUUUCCCUGACAACUCAUUCGAUGCCGUGUAUGCCAUUGAGGCUACCGUCCACGCCCCUACGCUCGAAGGCAUUUACAGCGAAAUCUUCCGUGUCCUCAAGCCAGGCGGUGUCUUUGGAGUCUACGAGUGGCUCAUGACGGACGACUAUGAUAAUAAUAACCUCCACCACCGUGAGAUCCGUCUUGGUAUUGAGCAAGGAGACGGUAUCUCCAACAUGUGCAAGGUUUCCGAGGCCCUCGACGCCAUGAAGGCUGCUGGCUUUGACCUCCUCCGUCACGAGGAUAUGGCUGACCGGCCUGACCCCUUCCCCUGGUACUGGCCUCUGUCCGGUGAGAUGAAGUACAUCCAGUCCGUCUUUGAUGUCUUCACCAUCGUUCGCAUGACCCACUGGGGUCGUGCCAUCGCCCACGGUUUUGCAGGUGUCAUGGAGACCCUGAAGCUUGCCCCUGCUGGCACUAGGAAAACUGCCGACAGUCUGGCCCUGGCUGCUGACUGUCUAGUUGCUGGUGGUCGUGAGCACCUGUUCACGCCGAUGUACCUGAUGGUUGGACGCAAGCCCGAGAGCAAGUGA